AUGGCCCCCAACAUCACAGAGGCCAACGGCGUCCGCGUAGCCGUGGAAGGAUGCGGACAUGGAACUCUCAACGCCAUCUACGCUGCUGUAGCAGAAUCUUGCAAAGUUCGCGGCUGGGACGGCGUAGACCUGCUCAUCAUUGGAGGCGAUUUCCAAGCGACACGCAAUGCUGCAGACCUCACUCUCAUGUCCUGUCCGGUGAAAUACCGCCGUCUGGGCGACUUCCCCGACUACUACUCCGGCGCACGUACUGCCCCAUAUCUCACCAUCUUCGUUGGCGGCAAUCACGAGGCGAGUUCCCAUCUGUGGGAGCUCUUCUACGGCGGUUGGGUAGCGCCUAACAUUUACUACAUGGGCGCGGCGAAUGUUCUUCGUCUUGGACCCCUCCGCAUCGCAGGCAUGUCCGGAAUUUGGAAAGGUUUUGACUACCGGAAACCACAUCAUGAACGGCUGCCCUUUAGCGAUGAUGAUGUCAAGUCAUUUUACCAUGUCAGAGAGGUGGACGUUCGAAAAUUGCUUCUUCUUCAAAGUCAAGUCGACAUUGGUAUCAGCCAUGACUGGCCAAAGCACAUUGAAAAUCAUGGUGAUGCUGGGUGGCUUUUCCGCAAGAAGCCAGAUUUCCGCCGAGACUCGCAGAGUGGACAAUUGGGGAGCGUUGCCGCCGAAUAUGUCAUGGACCGGCUGAGGCCGCCCUACUGGUUCUCGGCGCACAUGCAUGUAAAAUUUUCGGCUCUCAAGAAAUAUCAAGAUUCGGCUUCGGCAGUAACGCCAGAGGAUACACACCAAGACAGCAAGGCCACAGAGAAUGGAAAGGACGCCAACCCUGAUGAGAUUGAUCUAGACAUAGAUGAAGAUGCUGAGGGUGGUGACGGCCAGGAAGCAGAACGUGUAGCGGAGGCUGACACCAAAGAGACAAGCCAGGUUUCCCAGGAACUGCGGGCACAGCUGCCGGCUUCCUUUGCAAAGCCACAGCCAAGACAAAAGAACACGCCCGGCCAACCAGUUCCCUCGACCAUCCCAAACAAAGAGGUUCGCUUUUUGGCGUUGGAUAAGUGCCUUCCAGGGCGGCACUUUCUCCAAUUACUCGACAUUACACCGUUCAACCCGACCGAUCUUGUCACUUAUGCAGCCAAACCUUCCGGUCCUCGUUACCAGCUGCAAUACGACCCUGAGUGGCUCGCCAUCACGCGGGUUUUCCACAACACUCUCUGUAUUGGGGACAAGACGGCACAACCUCCUCCGGAUCUCGGGGAGGAGCACUAUCUCCCUCUCAUAGAGGCCGAGCGUGUCUGGGUAGAAGAGAACAUUGUCAAAAAGGGAAAACUUGACGUCCCCCACAACUUUGACCGCACGGCAUGUCCGCAUGUUCCUGAUACUCCAGAAAUCGUGAAUGAACAGCCAAAGGAGUACACAAAUCCGUCAACUACGGAGUUUUGCAACCUCCUCCAGUUGAAUCAUCUCUGGGAUGCGGGCGAGGAAGAAAGAUUGGCAAGACAAGAAUUGGGCCCGCCUCCAUCAGAAUCCUUUGGAGGUCACCGAGGCCCUCACGCCCAUGGAGGCAGAAGGGGUAGGGGAGGCGGUCGUGGUGGUGGCAGAGGCAGAGGAGGGCGUGGACACGGACGUGGCCAUCGAGGAGGACGGUGGUGA